AUGGGGCGCCGGCGCCAGAAGCGCAGGGAGGAUUUCAUGCGGAAGUUCGAGUUCGUGAAUUACGUCCGGCAGCAGGACGAGGUCCGGCGCAGCGGGGGCGCGCUGGGCGACUUGGGCGGGCUGGAGCAGGCGCUCUCGGAGUCGAAAGACUCGGGCAGCUCGGGCCAGGCCGCGGCGCCGAACAUCCGCCCGCCCGGGCGCAGGGCGCGGGCGUCGGCAGGAGAAAGGGAGAUGGCCCAGUACCAGGGUGUCCUCGGGUGCGAAGCGUUCCAGAAGGAUCCCCUCGGAGCCCUGGAGCAGCACUUGCGGAACAGCCUCCAGAGGCAGCAGCAGCAGCAGCAGGACGCCGAGAGGGCGCCGGGCACCGCCCCUGUCCGCGGCAAGAGGCGAAGAGGGAGCACCACCGCGGCCGCGGCCUGA